UGGCAACACUGAACUGGACCACUUCUUGUAAAUCUCGUUCUUCUGCUUAAGAUUAAGAAAGUUAAUGUUAAGAUGAUGAACAUAUUUAUUUUUUAAUUAUAAUUUAUUAAUGUGAAGUUUUUAAUUUGAAAAUUACUAAUUAUGGCUUUUCUGUGUCCAGUCAGAAUACGUCGAGGAAAGAAAAAAAAACCGAUUACUGGAGAUAAUGACAAAGAACUGAUGAGGACCAGUUCCGGUUUAACAACAGGAAUGGGACGGAUUACAGGAUCUGCGAGUAUCGAAACUUUGGUACGGGUCGGUAUCGAGAAAGAGCACGGAUUGUCUCCUGACAGUAAAAUGGUGGUGCUACACGACUUUACACCGUGUGUCGACGACGAACUGGAAGUUAAAAGGGGGCAGAUUGUUAAUAUAUUAUAUAGAGAGAACGACUGGGUUUAUGUUAUUGCAAUGGACUCGAGACAGGAAGGUUUCAUACCUCAUUCUUAUUGCACGCCAUAUAAUAGCCAUUUAGCCGAAUUAGCCAUUAAGAAAAAAUUACCUCGUAACGGACAACCUACACCCGAACAAGCAGAAACUAGUCAUGAACCAGAAAUAGCUGGUGCGGAUACGAGUGAUUGCGACUCCUUGGAGAAGAAACAAGCCGGAGUUGCGGCGUCACCAGUUAGUUUACAUUCCGAGCCGGAUAUGUUGCCAUUUUCGAAAGAUCCGUCCGGUCGUUACAUUGUUUUGUACACUUUUAUAGCUAGGGAUGAAAACGACGUAUCGGUGGAACGUGGGGAAUUCAUUACGGUUUUAAAUAGGGAAGAUCCAGAUUGGUACUGGAUAGUCAGAAGUGAUGGCCAAGAGGGAUUCAUUCCGUCCGGUUUUGUCUAUCCUGCCGACAAUGUGAUUCAAGGCCACUUAAAUAAUAAUCCAAAUCAAAACAUCAACGGAACAUUUUCCGCCCAAAAUAACUCGCAUCAUAUAAAUUCUUCAAACGCGGACGAUCUGAGAUACCACGGCACAGAGCUUGUGAUGUUGUACGAUUAUAAAGCUCAAGCGCCCGACGAUCUAUCCGUAAGAAGAGGCGAUUGGAUUUACGCCGAUCUCACGAAUCAAACAGUCGACGGAUGGUUAUGGGCGUAUGCGCCGAAAACACGUAAAUAUGGAUUUAUACCGAAAGCGUAUGCGAGGCCGCCUGCAAUGACUAGUUUGUAACUGUAAAUAUAUAUAACACUUUCUACAAAAUGGGUGAUAGGCUGUGUCAAACAGAUCAAAUAUUUUUUGUCAAUGUAGCUUUGUUGAAUUGUAUUGAACAAAUACUGCGAGUGGUUGGCUUCAAUCUAGAUCAACGAGACCCGGUGUGCUUUGGGCACUACGGAAGAUGUAUUUAUAGCUUUUGAAUUAAUAGGAAGUUUUUGGUAUACAGGGUGACUAAAAGUUGAAGCCUUGAAAGUGAUCGAAAAGUUGAUAUAUUAUGAGGAAUGAUUUUCCAACACUAUUGAACAGAAGAAGAAAUUUAGUUCAGAACUUUUGACUUUAGUCAAUAAAUCCAUUUUGAAGGCAUUUAUGACACUUAUUUCCUCGAUACCCUGUAUAUCGAUGUAUGGGGAGGUGAAAAUAUUUAAAGUAGACCAGUGUCUACUUUAAUUAUUUUUUUUAACAUAGUAUUGUAGGUAGAUAAUGUAAUUACUAUCGUGUACAAAUCAGCUUUAAUUAAUAGAUAUGUACUAUUUAAAAUGAUAUAUGUACUAAUUUACAGUGCCUAAAAAUAUUUUUUAUAUAUAUUAUUAUCUUGAUAAAGAAAUAAAUAUUUUUAUAUUUGGA